AUGAUUGAUCAUGGUCCUGUGGAACGUGGCCCUGUAGAACGUGGUCCUGUGGAACGUGGCCCUGUAGAACGUGGUCCUGCGGAACGUGGCCCUGUAGAACGUGGUCCUGUAGAACGUGGUCCUGUAGAACGUGGCCCUGUGGAACGUGGCCCUGUAGAACGUGGUCCUGUAGAACGUGGCCCUGUGGAACGUGGCCCUGUAGAACGUGGCCCUGUAGAACGUGGCCCUGUGGAACGUGGCCCUGUAGAACGUGGCCCUGUAGAACGUAGUCCUGUGGAACGUGGCCCUGUGGAACGUGGCCCUGUGGAACGUGGUCCUGUAGAACGUAGUCCUGUAGAACGUGGCCCUGUGGAACGUGGCCCUGUAGAACGUGGCCCUGUAGAACGUAGUCCUGUGGAACGUGGCCCUGUGGAACGUGGCCCUGUGGAACGUGGUCCUGUAGAACGUAGUCCUGUGGAACGUGGUCCUGUAGAACGUAGUCCUGUGGAACGUGGUCCUGUAGAACGUAGUCCUGUGGAACGUGGUCCUGUAGAACGUAGUCCUGUAGAACGUGGUCCUGUAGAACGUAGUCCUGUGCUUCAUGAUCGUGACCUUAUGGAACAUGGUUUUGAUCCUAUGAAUCAUGGGCGUGAUCCUGGUGAACAUGACUGCGCAGGUGACCAUGACGAGUCGCAGAGAAAACACUGCGUGACACACCAGACCGCAGACGACACAGACAGUUCUGGGCCCCUGACGUCAGCAGACCAGUACCGAGCAGAAACUACAGCAGACACCUUCAGAACACAGCUGUAA